AUGUCUCGAUUAUCAACAAUAUUUCUGACCUGUAUGCUUGCUGCUUGUGCUUUUCUUAUGUUCCUGCCAAGCACGUCAGCUCGUCCAAAAGCUGGCUACAUGUGUGCUAACCGAAAAUGGCCUGGAGGCGAGAACUGUUUAAUUGUCAACAUGCUCCGCGAUCCUCAUCAAAUCAAUUCGUGGAAUGGAAACUCUUGGCGAAAAGCUAUCAACCAGAUGGUAGCUUAUCAGCAGCUUUUCCAAGAAGAUGAAAGAUGA